GAGAGCAUAAAGAGAUAGGAUGGGGCUAUAAAGCAUCUAGUGGAGCUUGAAACAACAAUCCAAUCCCAAGAACACCAUAGAAUUGCAUUUGUGCUGUCUUGUUUGUUAUCUCUUUCAUCCAAAUGUGAAGCCCAGUUUCAAUCUUUCAGAAUUUCAGAGAAUUCUUUCCCAUUCAGCCAUGGAAGGAACCCUUUUUCCCAACAGGCCAACACUCCCAGUUCCACCAACAAAACCAGCCUUCAACCCAAGUCACCAGCGCCUCAAGUUCAACACAUCCACUCUCCCUCUCCCUCCUUUGCAACAGCAGCAACAAUCUUCCAAUUCCUCGCACACUUUUCCCCUUGAUUCCCUCCUUCAGCACCUCCUCCAUAUUUCUUCUCCUGUCAAGUCGUCUUUGACUUCUUCCCACAUAGGACCUUCCCAUAAUCAUGAUUCUUUGUCCGCCCAUUUCAGGAAAGAUGAUGGGAGUUCUGUUGCAACCCAAAGAAUUGGUGAGAACUCUGUGAAAGAUGAGGCGUCGCUUGAUUUUCUUCCUUUGAAAUGUAAGUUCUUGCUUAACUCGAUUUUGGGACAGCCCAUUUCUAGUUUGCGGUCGUUCUUCGAUUCUGCUAGGUUUGAGUUGCUUGAAGAAGUCGAUUUGAUUAGUCUGUUGAAAGGUUUGGAUGUUUCUGGAAAUAGUGACAAGGCGAUUUUGUUGUUUGAAUGGGUUGUUCUCAAUUUGGAUGUGUCUAAUAGUGAUAAAUUAGAUAAUCAGAUUAUUGAGUUGAUGGUCAAGAUUCUUGGUAGGGAGUCUCAGCAUUCAGUUACUUCGAAAUUAUUUGAUGUGAUCCCUGUUAAGGAGUUUGCACUGGAUGUUCGAGCAUGGACUACAAUUUUACAUGCAUAUUCACGCAGUGGGAAGUAUGAAAAGGCAAUAGCAUUGUUUGACUUUAUGAAAUGCAGAGGAUCAUGCCCGACUUUGGUUACUUACAAUGUGAUGUUGGAUGUUUAUGGGAAAAAGGGUCGGUCUUGGGAUAAAAUUUUACAACUUUUGGACGAGAUGAGGAGCGUGGGGCUUGAAUUCGAUGAAUUCACUUGUAGCACUGUGAUAUCGGCAUGUGGGAGAGAAGGGUUGUUGGAGGAAGCUAAGAGUUUCUUUGAUGGACUUAAGUUAAAUGGUUAUGUACCAGGAACAGUCACUUAUAAUGCUUUACUUCAAGUCUAUGGGAAGGCGGGGAUUUACAAUGAGGCCUUGAGUGUUUUGAAAGAGAUGGAGGAAAAAAAUUGCCCUCCUGACUCGGUAACUUAUAAUGAACUUGUGGCUGCAUAUGUAAGGGCAGGCUUCCUUGAGGAAGGAGCAGCAUUGAUUGGCACUAUGACACAAAAGGGUAUAAUGCCAAAUGCUGUCACUUAUACCACUGUGAUUGAUGCCUAUGGCAAAGCUGGGAAGGAGGACAAAGCUUUGAGUCUGCUCGAACAGAUGAAGAAAUCAGGUUGUGUUCCUAAUGUGUGUACCUAUAAUUCUAUCCUUGGGAUGCUGGGAAAGAAGUCACGCAUAGAAGAGAUGAUGAAGAUUAUCUCUGAUAUGAAAUCCAAUGGGUGCACACCCAAUCGUGUCACUUGGAACACCAUGCUUGCAAUGUGUGGUAACAGAGGGAUGCACAAGUAUGUGAACCGAGUUUUCCAUGAGAUGAAGAACUGUGGUUUUGAACCUGAUCGAGAUACUUUUAAUACUUUGAUAAGUGCAUAUGGUAGGUGUGGGUCCCAAAUCAAUGCUGGAAAGAUGCAUGAUGAGAUGAUUAAAGCAGGAUUUUCACCAUGUAUCACAACCUAUAAUUCGUUUCUAAAUGCAUUGGCUCGUAGAGGGGAUUGGAGAGCUGCAGAAUCUGUUAUUUUAGACAUGAGAAAUAAGGGUUUCAAGCCAAAUGAGACCACAUACUCAUUGAUGCUUCAUAGCUACUCAAAAGGAGGAAAUAUCAGAGGCGUUGAAAGGAUUGCUAAAGAAAUUUAUGACGGUCAAAUAUUUCCUAGUUGGAUGCUUUUGAGAACUCUGAUUCUAGCAAAUUUCAAGUGCAGAUCUCUCAGGGGUAUGGAGAGAGCAUUUCAAGAAUUCCUCAAGAAUGGUUAUAAACCUGAUUUGGUGUUGAUAAAUUCCAUGCUUUCAAUUUUUGCUAGGAACAAGAUGUAUGAACGUGCUCACGAGAUGCUACAUUUUAUUCGAGAGUGUGGGUUGCAGCCUGAUCUUGUCACCUACAAUAGCUUGAUGGAUAUGUAUGCCAGGGCUGGUGAAUGCUGGAAAGCACAAGAAGUUCUCAAUGGAUUGGUACAAGGUGGUGGGAGGCCGGAUCUCGUCUCUUAUAACACUGUCAUUAAAGCGUUCUGCAGGCAAGGCCUUAUGCAGGAGGCUAUGAGGAUUUUCACAGAGAUGACAAAUAGGGGAAUAAGACCUUGCAUAGUUACCUAUAAUACAUUCAUCGCUGGCUUCUCAGGACGUGGGUUUUUCCAGGAAGUAGAUGAAGUGAUCAGUUACAUGAUUCAGCAUAACUGCAGACCAAAUGAGCUAACAUACAACACUGUCGUAGAUGGCUAUUGUAAGGCAAAAAGGUAUAAAGAUGCUAUGGAUUUUGUGUCCACAAUCAAGGAAAAGGACAUCACAUACAGUGAGCAAGCCUUGCAACGGCUUGUAUAUAGAGUCAGGGAAAAUAUGGAAUCAUGAGUUCGCUGAACUCAUCCUCAGCAGAACAUUACACUAUGAUUCAGACCCAUGGCUGACAGCAAAAUCACGGUAGCUGCCAGUUUUUGGUCUGACAGAUUUUUGGGAACCGAAUGUUCUUCUAUAGUAGUGGAGAGUCAUGGCAAUGUAUUGUCAGCGGCGUCUUUCUAUCUUCUGAAGCUUCUCAUACAACAAAGAAAAGUGCGCAUCUCUACCUCUCUUGUUCAGUCUUGUCCUCAGUACUUACACAAAAGCAACAUCUGAGCAGUUCAGUUUUCUCUUCUCCCUUUCCUUACCUCUUUGUAAUCUAUUGUGACUUCUGCAGUGAUCUGUAGUAUAUGAGAUCAUUGUCAUACGUAAAGCAUAUUCUUUUGUUGUUUCA